ACUUUAAAAACUAACCUUCAAAAUCAAUGGAAGCCGCGUCUCUGCCAUUUUGUUAGGAUUUUUGCCAUUAUAUUCGCUAAUUCUUUCGUGUGUGGCAUUUAUUUCUAAUCUUUCCGUGUAGUGUCUGUUUUAGCACUUAAUUGCGCAACAUAUAGCGACAUAGUUCGCGCCAACCAAUUCGUGUGCAUAGUGAUAUUUUGAAGCGUAAUCUAAUUGUGGAGAUGGUUAGAGGAGCCGGUCGUGGAGGCCGAGGAAUGCCGGGCCGUGGUGGCAUGGGGCGUCCGCCCUUCAGCCGUCCGCGCGUAUUAAUGUUAAGGCCUCCUUUUGACUUCAUUUUGGCGGAGCCGGCAUUUCCUAGAUGCAAACCCGCCCCUGACGAUACUGCUUUAACUCAGGCACUGCUAAAACGCCACGCGGAACUCUGCCCCACACCAGCGGAGCAGUCGGCGGUCCUGAGUCUCAUCACCAAACUGCAAACCGUACUGGACAACCUGGUAGUUGCUCCUGGUGACUUUGUUGCAUGUCAAUUGGAGGAAGUCCGUCAGGUGGGGUCGUACAAGAAGGGAACCAUGAUGGCUGGCAAGAAUGUGGCUGAUAUUGUGGUCAUCAUGAAGACCCUGCCCACCAAAGAGGCCGUUGAAGGGCUGUCUAACAAGGUGAACGAAGAGCUGAACAAGCUGAUACGCGCCGAGGGCGGCGGCCAAGUGGUGUGCGCGUGCCACGAGCGAGGGUUCACCGUCACAGCCGCCAGCGCCGCUGUACGGGUGUUGGUGACCACCCUGCAUCAGAACCUCAGAAAGCUGGAGCCCGAGGUACACCUUGACUACAAGCUGAUCAGCAGUCACCUGGCCGCCAUCCGCCACAGCCGCUGGUUUGAGGAGAACGCGCAUCACUCUUCCAUCAAGGUCCUUAUCCGUCUACUACGCGACAUGUGCGCGAGACACGCGGGACUCGAACCCCUUACCCCGUGGAUGAUAGACUUACUGGCACACCACUGCAUCAUGAACAACCCCGCGCGACAGGCGCUGCCUAUCAAUGUUGCUUUCAGGCGCGCGCUGUCCCUGGUGGCGGCGGGGCUGUUCCUGCCCGGCAGCGCGGGGCUGGCCGACCCCUGCGAGGCCGCGCACGCGCGCGCGCACACCACGCUCGACCUUGCCGCGCAGGACAUGGCCGCCGCCACCGCGCAGACUCUGUUGCGCGUGGUGGCCCGCGGCGGGCACCGCUACGUGGUGGGGUUGCAGCCGUUUGAGGGCGGCAAGGACAUCUCCACGGAGAUCACGGUGUGGGACGGUGUGGUCGUGUCGCCGCUCGCGCCCGCCUACCAGGACACGGAGCCCAUGGACACCGACGACAAAGAUGACGAAGGCGUUCCCGACGGCGUAGCGGCUUAGAAAAAACAUUAUAUUACAUUAGGUUAAGGUUUAAAAUACUAUAAAGUAUUCUGUGAAAACUUAUUAAAUUUUUAUUUAAGAAUAA